AUGCAGUUCAAGAACAACUUCAUUUUGCUCGUCAUCGCGGCGGUCGUUUCGUCCGUUGCCGCUGUUCCUCUUCCGGGUAGCGUCGAGGUCGCUUCACCCACUAACGCUCUCGUCGACAAGGGCAUCGUAGUGGACAUCCCUGUCAGAGGCCGAAGCCCCGCCAAGGUCGAAGCUCGGGACCCCCGUCACGGUGGUGACUCAGGCAGCCGUAGCCGUCGCGGACUCGAGGCUCGCCGCCAUGGCGACUCCGGCAGCCGCGGUCGUGGCGACAGCAGGACCCGUCGUGACGUAUGCAUGCCUUUGACGCUGUUAAAACACUCGAGGCUCGCCGCCAUGGUUCCGGAAGUCGCGGUCGUGGUGACAGCAGGGAUCGCCGCGCUCUCGAGGCUCGCCGCCACGGCGACUCUGGCAGUCGGGGUCGCGGCGACAGCAGGGAUCGCCGUGCGCUCGAGGCCCGCCGUCAUGGUUCCGGAAGCCGUGGCCGCGGUGACAGCAGGGACCGACGCGCUCUCGAGGCUCGCCGUCAUGGAGACUCAGGCUCUCGCGGCCGCGGUGACAGUCGGACUCGUCGUGAACUCGAGGCCCGUCGUCACGGCUCUGGGAGUCGCGGUCGUGGCGAUAGCAGGUCCCGCCGUACACUCGAGGCUCGCCGCCACGGCGACUCCGGCAGUCGCGGUCGUGGAGACAGUCGCGAUCGUCGUGCGCUCGAGGCUCGCCGUCACGGAGACUCAGGUUCUCGCGGCCGCGGCGAUAGCAGGACUCGCCGUGGACUCGAGGCUCGCCGUCAUGAUUCUGGGAGCCGUGGCCGUGGUGACAGCAGGGACCGCCGCGCUCUUGAGACUCGCCGUCACGGCUCCGGGAGCCGCGGUCGCGGCGACAGCAGGGACCGCCGUGCGCCCUUCCAGCUCGAGGCCCGCCGCCAUGGUUCCGGAAGUCGCGGUCGCGGUGACAGCAGGGACCGCCGCGCUCUUGAGGCUCGCCGUCAUGGCUCGGGCAGCCGCGGUCGCGGCGACAGCAGGGACCGCCGCGCGCUGGAGGCCCGCCGUCAUGGCUCCGGCAGUCGCGGCCGUGGCGAUAGCAGGACCCGUCGUGGACUCGAGGCUCGCCGCCACGGCUCGGGCAGCCGCGGACGCGGUGACAGCAGGGACCGUCGCGCUGAUCCUUCUGACACGUGAAGGAAGCUUGAGGCUCGCCGUCACGUUUCCGGUAGCCGCGGUCGCGGAGACAGUCGCGACCGCCGCGCGCUCGAGGCCCGCCGCCAUGGCUCUGGCUCUCGUGGCCGCGGAGACAGCCGCAGCCGCAACUCAUUCUGCGGCGCUGGGACUCCUGUCGCCGUAG